GGAUAUGAGAAGCAUAUAUAUCAACAUUUGAAAAUGCACAUAAUAUAAAUACCUAGAAGGCAAUUAUAAUUGAAUGACAGCCACAGAUGUUUACUGCAGACAACCAGGAAGAAAACAGUACUGAAUUAUAAACUGCAGACAACCAGGAGAAAAAUGUGCUGAAAAUGGAAACAUUAAACACAGACAACUAGGAUGAAACUAUUGCUGAAUACUUAGAACCUACUUAAGCCAACUACUGAGACACAUAGACAACUAACCUGCAGAUGAUGGUACUGGUUUAGUAGUAGACUUCUCCAAGUUCUCUUUACUGUGUUCAAAAUCUAUUGCACUGUUAAGGAGUGAAGUAUUGUUAUUCCGAUAACCUUCAGGCAGAUUAGUUACGCCUUGGCUGCGAUCUAAUACUGCACGCUGCAUGGAGACUGCACUAUAGGGACAUCUAUACACAGAAAAGAAACAUACAAUUUUGUCUCAACAUGCAUAAUGUGAGAUUCUUGGGUUUGUUGUGUCUGAUUGGACAUCUACAAACUGUAGCAUCAAGAUAUACUCUACGCUGGAGAUACCAAAGUGAUAUGAGAUGCAGGCAGCCAAUGUCAUGUGACAUUGCAGAAAUAUGUUGUCGGGAUAUGAUAACAAAGCAACGAUUCUGUGCUCCAGCCAAUCAGAAUUCACUACCAUGCUACAAGGCUGCCACUGAGAUGAUUGUACCUGUAUCUACAGAGAUAUGUGAAAAUAAUGGAAAGAAAUGUGAUGAACCAGAUAUCUGCUGUUCAGAUCCUAUCACAAACUCAGUGUACUGUACCAGACUGCAUGGAUCCAUGGGGCAUAAUAUGUCUUGUAUGUUUAGAAAGGCAUUUCAACCUUAGUACUCAGUACAUCUCAUACCACAUGGUGCAUACUGUAUUGAAAAAUGUUUUCUGCAGAAAUACGAAAAAUCUGGAUUAAUCUUUAAGGAUCAUUGUUGAAAGUCCAAAAUUUAACAAUUUAUAAUUACAUAUGUAUAAAAUGAAAGAAAUAUAAUGAUUGUGGUUAGGGCAGAAGGGUAUAGGGGAUGUUUUAUUAUACAAGUUAUGCUAUUACACACAUCCCUACCCCCAUACUGUAGCCUGUAUUUCUUAAAAAGGGAUACAGGCUACAGUUAAGUUGCAAAUUUCUUCAGAGCUUUUCUGUUUAUUAUAGAAGUCAUACAAGGCAAACUGCUCGAUGAAUCUA